GGGGCGGGUCGGGCCGCGGCCAUGGCGGCCGAGCAGAGCGCGGUGAGCGCGGUAAGCGCGGCGCGGCCGCCGCCUGUCGUCCCGCUCCUUCCCCGGGGCCGCGACGGCGCCGCGCUGAGGGCCGUCCCGCUCGGUGCCGCAGGAGCGCCGAGCGAGGCGGCGGUGGAGCACUUCCUGAAGGCCGGGCGCCUGGCGGCCAGGGACGGGGCGGAGAUCCGGUGGUGGCACGCAGCGAACAGCCGGCGCCGGGCCCGGGAGGCCGCCCGCAGUGCCGUUCACAUGGUAGAAGCAGAUGUCCUCCUUCGUGGUGGCAGGGGAGGAGACGGAGACCCAAUCAUGGCUCAUCCCCCUGAAACAGACAGCGACAUCACGCUGCAGGAGUGGCUGGAGGAGAUGGCCGGCACAGAUAAGGGCAUCAAGCUGGAUUUUAAGAGCCUUGACGCCGUACGGCCCUCCUUGGAGCUGCUCCAGCUUGUGAAGCCGUGUUUGGAGAGACCUGUUUGGCUCAAUGCAGACGUCCUCCCGGGACCCAAUGGGAUCAACGCCGUUGUGGAUGCAGAGGGGUUCCUUGAGAUCGUCACCUCGUUUUUCCCAGAUGUAACCUUAUCGUUGGGAUGGACAACUGGCUGGCACCCCGAACAGCACAAUGAAGGCUACAGUUGGACAAUGGUGAAAGAAAUGGCUCAGAUAUGCAGUACGCUUUCUCAGCCCGUCACAUUCCCUGUACGGGCAGCAUUAGUACGGCAGUCAGUGUCUGAGCUUUGCUGGCUAAUAGACCAGUCAGAUAGGUACAGCCUCACUGUUUGGACAGGCAAGGAGGAUGCGUAUUCUGUAGAAGAUUUGCUUUUCAUCCGUGAAAACUUUGAUAAAAGUAGGGUUUAUUAUGACAUCUCAGAACCACAAAAUUCUGAGUUUAAAAAAGCUAUAGGAAUAGAAUGUUAAAUAUGAAGCCUACAAGGUAUGACCUCAUUUAUAAUACUUGGUUUCUUUCAACAUGAAAGGGAAGUGUAUUUUCCUUCCCAAAUGGGGUGUAUAGAACACACCCAUGGUCACUGAAAUAGUUCUUGUAUAAUUGUACAUAAUAAUGUAGAAAUGCAGUGCCUCUUUAACAGGUCAGUAUUGUUACUUACUCAUCACAUGCAUGUUCUCUGUCAUUCUCCCAGUGGCAUCUAGCACUUGUUUCCUGCAAGUAUAUAAAGGGGAGAACAACCCUGGUUGCUAGUUGUAGACUGAGGUAAUUCGCUACCAGCAGCUUUUGUGUGCGCCAGUCAAAAACCAUUCAGUGUCUGUCAAGGAAAAUCAUUCACAUUUUAUACAGGAGGACAACAGUUCAGACUGUAGUAGGUACAGCACUAUGCAGUUUCUCAGAGGGAUUAUUUUGUAGCUCAUCCUCAUAUGCUCCAUUUGUGCUGCUAUCAUAAUGGAUAAUUUUCUCACUCCUCAUCAGUAGAAGAUUCUGUUUAUGAGAUCUUAAACGUAGAAUCCAUGAUAUUACCAUGAGCUACGUAAAAUGUUCUGCUGCUGUCUCUUUAAAAGCUUGAGGCCCCUAGAAUUAAGUAGUUUUACACUAAUCACUGCUUACAGCAAAAUUUAUACACUUCUGUGAUUUACUUUCCACAUUCCAGAUUGUACACCUUUUUAACUCAGCAUAUAAUUUCAGAAAUUUUCAAAAGUUAACUUAAAAAAAACAAAACAACUCACAGUAACCGUGUUUAUUACCUACAAGAAAAGUCUCCGUUAUUUUAUCUUAUGAAUCUUUUGCCUCUCUUUCAUCUUGUUUUUUUUUAAAUGAACAGCAGUAAUGACCAAAGUCUGACAGUGCAAGUAUUGUUUAGUUGCUUGUGCCAACUUGAUCAGAUCUGAACAGAUUCAAUCUGUUCUUUAUAGCAUCAGUUUCUAUUAACUGUGCUUGUACGCUUUGCUACAGCAUAGGAAGAAAAGGCAUUAACUAUUUCUGAACUUGCUGUAACUAUGGUAAAUAGAUUCUUCGAGGACCUUCUUCUAACGCAGAUCAUUUUGAUUAGCCCAGGUGCAAUUUUAGUGCAGUUUUAGUGCAAUUGCCUGAACAAGCAUGAUAGUGUAUCUGAUUGCGUGGUAUCUUUUGUUCUGGAUGAUGACCUUUUUACCUUACUCCUUUUUAGGGAGAACAGGAUUUAGAACCCACAAAAGCUCCCAUUAACCAAAGUUCUGGACGUUGCUUUGAGUCUGCAGUACAUACAGUAAGCUUAAUAAGUUAACAGUACGUUUCUAAUUUACUACCAGUCUGGGCCAAGCCUUGACUUUUUCUAUGAAUGUGAUAGAACUUAACACAACAGGUGUUGCAGAAGAAAGUUGGGUUCAUCAUUCCUGUGUAACUACUCAAAAAAAUCUGGAAGGUAAGAUGUGAAUAUAAUGUUGAAAACAACAUAAAGUGAUUUUCUGACAUUUGCAUUGCUUAAAUGUGCUGUGGAAUCAAAGCAAAUGCUCCAGAAGACACAUUUUUUUAUGAACAAUUCUAUCUUCAUCUUCAGCAUUCACAUGAAGAAUUACUCAGUUUUGGCCUACUCUGACUGCAAAAAAACCUAUCUUCAGGUUAGAUCUAAAACUUACACAUUUUAUACAUCAGCUGUGUGUGAUCAGGCCAUUUGAUGAGGUUAUUACAGAUCUGGUUUUGCAUUUCACUUUCCAUCUCCAUUGAAUUCUAUUUAAUGUUACUGACCCCUUGCUCCAUAAAGCUUUCACUUAUGAUUCAUGUUGUGCUAUUUGGAGAUGGAAUAAUUUGAUUCCAGCAGCUGGUGCAUGUUGUCUUUCCUAUCAGCAGUGAUUAUGCACCAGUAAGGUAUGAGAACCUUCCAAGUCCUCUUGCAAAGAAUCAGGUUUACAUAAACUUCCACUUCUGUGAUUCACCUUUGGGAAGCUGUGUUGCUACUGAAGAAGACGGGAACAAUGAGUAACAGAGGUCUUUGUGCCUUAUUGAAUGGUUUGUGACAGUUUAGCCCUGUCCUUCCUUUUAUUACAGCAAAAUUACAGAAAUGGCAGUGCUGUGGAAUUCAAAAAACAUGAGCUGGUUUUUUUGUUGUUGUUGUUUGUUUUUGUUUUUGGAGGGUUUAGGAGAAAGAUACAGGAGUAUUAUGAAAUGCUUCCUACACUACAUUCAAAUUCAGGGGGGCUUACCCUUUAAUUCAAGUGUUCUAAGAUUUCUCUCAAUUUAUUUAAAAUUCAUUUUGAUUUUCAGCGAAUAUUUGCUUUAAUAGGGGUAAAACUACUAAUGAAAAGAUAGGAGCAAGUGUUGGGACACAUUUUUAAAGAAAUUUUUUUUCAUAAACUUCAUGUUUAUUCAAAGAUCUUUUUUUUCCUAGUAUGAUACAUUCUUGCAGCUCUUGAAAUUUUAAUUGAAGAGCAGUAUUGAUAGUUGUUGUGUUCUGAUGUUUGUAGACUUAUUCUUUGGUUUGUCUCAUGUUGCUGUAAUAUCUGUUGGUUCACGCAGUGUGUCUCCAUGAUGUUUGUUUCUAUGUAAUAGCUUGCUGUAUUCACUGAUGGUUUUACCAAGUUUUAUGUACAAGUCUUGUAUGGGCCAAUGUACAAGUGUAAGGUCUCCUUAAUAAAACACAAGCUGGGGUGUUGUA